AUGCUAACGAGUCAAAGCUUUGACGAGCAUGCGAAGAAGAUGAAUCCUUGUACCGAAUUUAGUAAUCUUCAGUGCAACUGCAGUUGCUCACCAAACAACUCGGUUUUUUUUGCUUGCAAGCUGAAAAACGAAUCUUUGCAAAAAAACUUUGGUAUUCCCGUAGACUACGUCGCUAUAAAACCAUUCAGAAAAACAGUUACAACAAGACUUAGGCGUCUCUUCAGUUCUAACAAUUCAUCGACCAAAGGAAAUGCUCAACCGCUUCCUUAUGCAAAUAACAAUACUGCUCUGGAAACAAGCAAUAGUAAUACAAGCAUGUUUAAUUCAACUGAAGAACAAGCAAUAACGCCAGUAUCAGUGAGAAGCUUAGUGACAACCGGAAAUGAGAGACUUGUAAUGUCACCAAAGUCAGGAGAAAAACCUGCUGCAAUACAAACACCAAAUGAAGUGUUUGCUACCCUUCCAAUACCGCGAGGAAAAAAUGCAGCCUUCAAGCCGCCUGCCGGAAAACCAAUAAUGGCUUCUGUAACAAACUUGAAACCUAUUGUACCGCACAUUACUUAUAGAAAAAGCGAGCAGCAAAUACCUCUAGCAGAAAAACUUAGUGCAUUUAAUUCAUCGAUGAAUAUAUCCCUGUUAUCAACAUUUCUUACAGAAAAACCUGUAGGUGUGCGACAACCGCCAGAAAAACAAAAUCAAAUACAGCCAGCAGUAGAAAAAACUGUGACAGCACCAAUUCCAGUGGAAAAGCCUGAGAAAGCACAACCAAUGAUGGAGGAACCUAUUGUACCAAUUACAAAUGCAGAAUACCUCAAAUCACAAAAAAAAGAAUCAGAAAAAACUGUUAUUCCUCAACCGUUUCCUGCAAAACCUAUAGUACCUCAAGUAUAUGUAAAUAAAGUCCCCAUGUCAAUACCAAGAGCAGAAGGUAACUUUACCUUUCAGCUACAAAAAACUCCUGCCUUUAAUCCUGGCGAACCAGUACCAAACGUUAUUAUAUCGACUUUAGGAAACUUGACAACCGAUAAAGAUAACUUACCAAAAAAAACGACAUCAGGUGUCUCGGUGAACUUUGCAGCUUCGUUUAUUGCAUAG